CAAUAGAGCCACAGAGCUGUCAGCUAGCAGUGGGCCUGUCGCUCUUCUUGAAUUAGCUCGUUUUUAAUAUAAUUUCCGGAAUUUUAUUUCUAAGUUGAAAGUUUUUUUUAUUAAUUUUAGAAAUUUAAGACAACAGUUAUAAACGCAAUGGCUCUAAUAAAUCAGGUAUUACGUGGUGCCUUCCGUCGAAAUUCCUUAAGAUGCUUUUCAUCAGCAGCUGCCUCAGCACCAGGAUCGCCAUGCUUCAGUUUGUCAGAUGAACAACGUGAAAUGCAAGAUGUGGCUAGAAAGUUUGCACGCGAAGAAAUUCUACCCAGAGCUGCUCACCACGAUAAAACCGGCGAAUAUCCUUGGGAAAUUAUCAAGAAAGCAUGGGAAGUCGGUCUAUUGAACAAUCACAUUCCCGCCGAAAUCGGUGGUGUGGAAUUGGACGUUUUGACAUCGUGUAUUGUUGCUGAAGAAUUGGCAUAUGGAUGUACAGGAAUCAUGACUGCUAUCGAAGCUAGUGGGUUAGGGCAAACCCCAGUUAUUCUUUCUGGCAAUGAAGCACAAAAGAAAAAGUAUUUGGGACGUCUAUUAGAAGAACCUCUAGUUGCGGCCUAUUGUGUGACUGAACCAGGAGCUGGAUCAGAUGUGAACGGUAUUAGGACACGAGCUGAAAAGAAGGGCGAUGAAUAUAUUAUCAACGGCCAAAAAAUGUGGAUCACCAAUGGAGGCGUUGCUAACUGGUAUUUCCUUCUGGCCCGUACAAAUCCAGAUCCAAAAGCACCUGCAAGCAAAGCCUUCACAGGAUUUAUUGUUGAACGGGAAACACCUGGAGUAACUCCCGGUCGUAAAGAACUGAAUAUGGGUCAAAGGGCAUCAGAUACAAGAGGAAUCACAUUCGAGGAUGUUCGUGUGCCAAAAGAAAAUGUAUUGAUUGCUGAAGGAGCAGGUUUCAAAAUUGCUAUGGGAACAUUCGACAAGACUCGACCACCUGUAGCAGCUGGUGCUGUUGGUUUGGCACAGAGGUGCUUAGAUGAGGCAACAAAAUAUUCUCUUGAAAGGAAAGCCUUUGGAGUUCCAAUUGCUUAUCAUCAGGCUGUUGCUUUUAUGUUGGCUGAUAUGGCGAUUGGUGUAGAGACAUCACGGUUGGCGUACUACAGAGCUGCAUGGGAAGUCGAUCAAGGACGACGCAACUCCUUAUACGCCUCAAUUGCAAAAUGCUAUGCAGCUGAUAUUGCUAACAAAAUUGCUUCAGAUGCUGUCCAAAUUUUCGGUGGAAAUGGAUUCAACUCUGAAUAUCCAGUUGAGAAAUUAAUGCGUGACGCUAAGAUUUACCAAAUCUACGAAGGAACAUCGCAAAUUCAACGCAUGAUCAUUUCAAGACAACUCCUUGACAUGGCAAAACAAGGAGGCAACUAGACAAAUUUCGAUUUGAUUUUAAUUUUGAACAAUGUAUUUGAUACGUACCAUUACCCUUGUCUUCAACUUGCGCCUAUUUUAAUCCAUAUCGCCUCAAGUAACAAUCAGGAUUUUAUAAAAUGCAAAUAAUUUAUUGAUGUUAAUACGACAGGCUCAAUUUGUAAAGACAGAUUUUUAUUUACUUUAAUUAUCAAUUUUUUUUAGUUGAAAGGA